UAAAUCACUUCCUGCCAAAAUGUCGCUACCCGUUGUCCUGCAUGACACGUGGUUUCUUCUUUUUUCUACGACAGAUCGGUAUCAAAUGUGGGAAGAAACACGUGUGUCUGUCAACAUCAGCUAAGGUGCCCAGGGUGCACGUGCAAAAUCCGCCGAAGAGGAAGUCGAAUCAGGAUCCUGUCGUGAAUUCUUCGUUCUCGUCGUAUUUCGGACAUCGAUUUAACCUUAAUUCUUCUUUGCAUUCAGAUAUAAUGUCGAAGACAAAUCAAGCAGCCAGUGACAAAAAAUGUCCAAAAGUCGAGUAUCUGGACACGCCUGUGAAAUCGGAGAAUGAUACAAAGGAAUAUAGAGUCAUCAGAUUACAGAAUGGUUUGACAGCUUUGUUAAUAGCUGAUUUACAUUCAAGGAUGAAUUGUUACGAAGAUGGUGAUCAGGAUGCAGCAAGUAGCGAAGAUGAUGAUGAUGAGGACAGUGAUGAGGGAGAUGAAGAUGAUAGUAACGAAGAGGAUACUGAUGAAGAUGAUGAUUUAAUAGAGGAUUCUUCGCCACUACGGAAGAUAAUGAAGAGAAAUACAAAGAUGGCAGCAUGUGGUUUAUCUGUAGGAGUAGGCAGUUUUAGCGAUCCACCAGAAAUUCCAGGCAUGGCGCAUUUCCUCGAGCAUAUGGUUUUUAUGGGAUCAGCGAAAUUUCCACAAGAAAAUGAUUUCGACUCGUAUCUCAGCAAACGCGGCGGCUCGUCCAACGCAGAGACGGAUUGCGAGCAUACAACGUUUUACUUUGAUGUCCAGGAGAAGCAUCUGGUAAAAGCUCUCGAUCGUUUCGCUCAAUUUUUCAUUAAGCCACUGAUGAAGAAAGAUGCCAUCACGCGCGAAAGAGAAGCCGUGGAAAGCGAAUUUCAGAUAGCCUUGCCUUACGACGACAACAGGAAGGAACAACUCUUUUCUUCUUUCGCGCGAACUGGUCAUCCGGCCAGCAAGUUUGUUUGGGGCAAUUUGAUAACAUUGCGCGACAAUGUGGACGAUGACACGUUAUACAAGGAGCUGCACAAAUUUAAAGAACGCCAUUACAGCGCCCAUAGAAUGAAAUUGUCUAUACAGGCGAGAUUGCCGCUGGAUAUUCUAGAAGAAUAUGUUAUAACGUACUUUUCUGAUGUGCCGAACAACAAACUGCCACCGGAUGACUUUACCCAGUUCAAAGGCGGGAUUUCUUUCGAUACUUCUGCUUUCCGAAGAAUGUACAAAAUAAAACCAGUCAAAGAUAUUAGCCUAUUAGACGUAACAUGGGCCAUGCCUUCGCUGUUGGAUUACUACAAAUGUAAACCAUAUCAAUAUGUUUCGUGGAUCAUCGGGCAUGAAGGGAAAGAUUCCUUGAUCAGUUACCUGCGUAAGAAAAUGUGGGUCAUUGAUAUACUCAGUGGCAAUGACGAGAGUGGUUUCGAGCACAGUUCUAUGUAUGCUUUAUUCAAGCUUAGCUUGAUUCUCACGGAUGAAGGGCAGAAACACUUUGAAGAAGUGCUGGAUGCGGUAUUUUCUUUUAUAAAUUUGUUAAAAAAGGAAGGUCCGCAGAAGAGGAUUUACGAUGAUAUCUAUAAGAUCGAAGAAAUUAAUUUUAGAUUUGCCAAUGAGCAGGAUCCCAUAGAAUACGUGGAAGAUUUGUGUGAGGGUAUGCAUUUUUAUCCGCCGUGCGAUUAUUUAACUGGGAGCGAGCUUUACUUCGAGUACGAUCCAGAAGCCAUAAAAAUGUGUCUGGACUACCUGAAGCCGGAAAAUAUGAACAUCAUGAUUUUCAAUGGAAAAUUUGACAAGGAAUUGGAUAAAGUUGAACCGUGGUUCAAAACUAAGUAUACGGACGUUGAAAUACCGGAAGCAUGGAUUGAGCGCUGGAAAAUCAUCGAACCAUUGCCAGAUUUUCACUUGCCACUUCCGAAUACAUUCCUCACCAGUGACUUUACCUUGAUACCAUUACCUGCAGACGUUCCGAAAUUUCCUGUGAAAAUACACAGCGACGCAAUCUCCGAGAUAUGGUAUCGUCCAGAUCCCAAGUUUCGGUUGCCCGAAUGUUUCAUGUAUUUCCAUUUCGUUUCUCCAUUGGGACUUCAAUCUGCAGAGAAUGCAGUUCUCAUGGAGUUGUACUGCAAUGUACUGAAACAGUUGCUGGUUGAAGAAAUAUAUCCAGCACUAACGGCUGGAUUUUAUUUUUCGGCUAAUGUCACUGAGAGAGGUAUCCAAAUAAAGUUGAAUGGAUUGAACGAGAAACUGCCACUUUUACUAUUCACUAUCAUGAAAUACAUGGUGGACUCCCCGAAUCUUAUUACGAAGGAGUUAUUUGAAAUUUUGAAGGAGCUGCAGCUCAAGAUAUUCUACAACACAUUUAUAAAACCCAAGAAACUCGCGAGAGACGUGCAGUCGUAUUUACUCAAGUAUGUUCAUUACACAUGCGUCGACAUGUACACUCCUCUACGCAAUGUCAAUUUCGAAGAGUUUCAAAACUUCAUCAAGGUCUUCAACGAUCGUUUCUAUAUUCAGUGCCUCGUGCAAGGCAACAUGACUCAGGAUGCCGCGUUGGAAAACGUGAAACGAUGCAUCGAAAUAAUCAACUGCAAGCCGUUGCCCCCGAAUAUGUUACCGGAGAUAAGGAUCAUGCAAAUACCCAUGGGCACACACUAUUGCAAACUGAGAAACAUGAACGAAACCGACGUGAAUUCUGUGGUGUCGAAUUACUAUCAAUCUGGAGUCACGUCGAUCGAGUUAUCGAUGUUGAUUGAGUUAUUGAUAGUGAUAAUGGAGGAACCGCUGUUCAAUCGACUCAGAACUAAGGAGCAGCUCGGCUACAACGUCGCCACCUUUUGCAAAUUCGUCCACGGAAUUGUGGGAUAUAAUAUUACGAUUCAAACUCAGGCGGACAAGUACACGACCGAGUACGUGGAUCAGCGGAUCGAAAACUUCUUGCAAACAUUUCAUCAGAUUUUGGAAGAUUUUACGGAAGUUGACCUGAAUGAAGUUAAACAAGCGUUGAAAAAAGUGAAGCUGUGCGUCGAUAUCGAUCUAGACGAGGAAGUUAUGAGAAACUGGGAAGAGAUCUUGUCGUGGCGGUACAGGUUUGACAGACUCGAGAGAGAAGUGCUUGCGAUAAAGGACAUCAAGCUCAACGAUCUGAGGGAGUGGACUAAGAAACACACGUUGAACGGAAGUAACUUCAGAAAACUAAGUAUUCACGUGGCAGGAAAUAAGAAAGGCGCAGACAACGAAACGAACAAUAUUGUGGAGGAUCGCAACAAGGCGGAAUAUUCCUUGGAAUAUAUAACCAACCAAAAUAAAAAAACACAAGGUCAUAUUAUUACUGAUGUGGAAGCUUACAAGAAUACUUUCUAUGUGUAUCCAGUAACUGAAGAGAAUAAGCCUUUGAAAGAAUCGAAUAAAUGAUGUUCUAAUAGUGUUAGCAAUGUAAUAAUUAUAUAAAAUAAGUUGUAUUGUCUUAAUACUUUUCUAUUUAUCGAGAGUUUCAAACUCUUACGCUGGCUCUUGCAUGUAAUAAACGAAAUAGCAUGAUUAAAUAAGAAUAUUAUAAA